UUCGCUGGCGGUCAGGUCACAACGAAGAUGCUAAGCCGAAUCGCUGUGGAAGAUGAUGCUUUCUUUGCGAAUUUGUUCACACUGCUUGACUGCGACGAGAGUGGAUGUCUUUGCUUGCAAGAGUUUGCUGGAGGUCUUCAAAAACUCGGACGGGGUCGGGAGGUCCCCAAUAAACAGAUCACUGAGCUCACCCAGUUCUUCCUUGAAAAUGCCGGGGCAGACGGGGACCUGGACGUGGAGCAGUUUACCGACAUGUGCAGAGAGUUCAAGCUCACACCCAGGCUAUUCCAGCUCUUUGACCUAGACGGCAGCGGAAAAGUGGAUGUUACAGAAUUUAUGAUGGGACUACACAAACUUGCAAGGUGCAACACUGACUUGAAAUGGUUCGCCUGGGCCGAGACAUGGUUUGUGGAAAAUGCGUCACCAGAGGGGACCAUCACAAAAGAACAAUUUUUUCAAUAUUUGAAUGUCAAGAAGUCGCUCUUUGCUGAACGUUUGUUUGAAAUCAUCGACACGGAUGGAUCAGGAACGGUUGACGUCACAGAACUGAUGCGGGUCAUACACGUGCUUACACAAGGUACUCCCAAAGAGAGGCUGAUGAUGCUGUUCUCUGUGUAUGAUAUAGACGGAAACGGAAACCUGAACAAAGAGGAGGUUGGGACGGUGUUACAGUGGUGUUUGGCGGACAGCUCGUUGGACGAAAAGGGAGAAAUUCUGGAGAAACUCACAAGCACUUUGUUUGAGCAAAUGGACAAUGACAAAAGUGGAGAUGUGUCGUUAGCCGAGUUUGAACUCUUCCUGAAUCAGUAUCCUCAGAUUGCCGAGAAUCUUACCAUCAGCUUUUCAAAAUGCUUACGACCGGAUAAAAAGAAGAAACCAAUGACGUUUGCAAAACUGCGGCGAAAUUACAGAAGGACGAUGUCGACGCUGAAAAAUAACAAACCUUUUAUUGGUUUCUGGUUUAUCUACAUUUCCGUGAACGUAGCCCUCUUUAUGACAGCCGCAGCAAAGUACUGGACAGCUAACAACAUCUUUGUUGUUUUGGCUAGAGGACCGGGACAGUGCCUGAAUUUCAAUUCGGCUUUCAUCGUGGUACUGAUGUACAGGAGGAUCCUUACGUACCUGCGCACUACGAGGGUGAGAAAGUACCUGCCUCUGGAUCACAGUAUCAUGGCUCACAAGGUCAUCGGGAUUAUCAUCCUAAUUUUCAGUUUGGUUCACACCGCCAUGCAUGUCGUUAAUUUCCAAAUCCUGUCGACUCAAACGAACGUGACCUGGUCGGAGUUCCUGUUUACCUGUCAGCCAGGUCUGGGAUGGGUGGAAGGUUCCGCAUCUAUCACAGGCUGGGUUCUUGUUCUCAUUCUAAUUCUUAUCGUUCUCACUUCUGCACCAUGGUGUCGACGUCGUGGGUAUUUUGAGCUGUUCUACUGGUGCCACUGGCUGUUCAUUGCCUGGUGGGUUGCCUUGGUAAUCCAUGCCCCUAAUUUCUGGAAAUGGCUCGUUGGUCCAGCGAUACUCUACCUUCUCCAAAAGUUAUGGCCGCUCCUAAAGGGUCGUGGAGAAAGUAUCAGUAUUAUCAAGAGCAUUCGAUCAGUCGAUUCCAAGAUAUCAGAAGUGAUCAUUAAACGUCCCAGGCGUUUCAAGUUUAAUGCUGGAGAUUAUAUCUUCAUCAAAAUACAAGCUAUCGCUAAGUUUGAAUUCCAUCCCUUCACAAUCAGCAGCGCUCCUGAAGAGUCAGAUUUUAUAUCCCUUCAUAUUCUGGCUGUUGGCGACUGGACGAAGAGGUUAAGGGCUAUGGGACAGCUUUGGACACAUCGGUCAUCAGUGGUAUCGGAGGAUACUACUUUCUCUUCGAUUCUCCAUGACUCGAGCCACGACAACGACGCUUUCGUCGACGAAAAGACCACCACUUCUAGUAUACUAGACAUUCAUCAUAGAAGUUUGACCUUCGGAGAAUCAAGAAAACUGGCUCUUCCUGUAGGCGAGAAAAAUCCAGUGACUUUACUGACGGCAAAACCGAAAGUUGUUCCCGACAUAAAUACGAUAGAGGCGAAUUUACCGGACUCACCACGAUCCAGUUUUGAGGAUGCCCCAAGAAAAGUGAAGGUAAUGAUAGACGGUCCUUAUGGAGCUCCGGCUACAAAUGUUUAUUCCGUUGGACACGCUGUCUUGAUAGGGGCAGGUAUCGGCGUAACGCCCUUCGCUAGCCUUCUGAAGAGCAUGAUGUUCAGACGCAAGCGCAGACGGGCCAUAUGCCCAAAUUGUAACUACUGGUGGAAAGUCCCCGAGGCUGACAGCUUGACGCAGGUACCGCGCAAGGUGGACUUUAUCUGGGUGACUCGGACCUUUGCCACGCUGGAAUGGUUCCUGGAUGUUCUGGGAGAGCUCGAGGAGGAGGAAGCCCGUUUGUCAGAGGAAGAACGCUUUCUCAACCUCAGUUUGCACGUGACCGCGGCACUGGGCCAGAGCGACAUCCGGGCAGUUGCCCUCCAGAUGGCGCUGGAACUGUGUUACCAGAAAGAGGCUCGCGACCCACUGUGCGGACUGAGGACAAGGAUACAGCCUGGAAGACCGAACUGGCAAGAUAUUUUCCAGAAAAUAAGAGCAGAGAAGACAGGAAGGGUUUGUGUGUUUUACUGUGGGCCACCUCAGCUUGAAAAAGUUCUCAAGAAAGUAUGCAGUGAAUAUCACCUCGACUUCCGAUCCGAGAAUUUUUGAGAUUGAAUUAGUUCAUUUGCUCCAGGCUUAUCAUUUAUUCACCAGAGUAUGUGGGAAAAUAUCCCGAAUUUCACAUCAAUAGUUUAUAUUUUCUUGGAGUGCUGCAAAUCGUGUCACUGAUGAAGGAGCAACGCCAUCUAUCUAUAUAACAAUACAUGUUAUAGAGGAUCCCCUGGUAGAGUGACGAUCACUCACUACCGCUUUGCUGGCAAGUCCUAGUAUAAAUGAAAACGUAAAUGUAUGCCAUACCUAAAGGGGUCUGACAGCAACCUGCGGAUGGUCGUAGCCCCCCCCCCCCACCGUCGUAUAAAUGGAAUACGAGCACGGCGUAAAAUACCAGUGAAAUAAGUAAAAUAAAUAAUAAAUCAAUCAAUAGCAUGUAUGAGAAGCCAAUGAAUAAGCCCGUAUAGUUUACUGCAAAUUAUGUCAGCUUCACGAAUUUAUGUACAGGGAGACCUCGUAUAAGGCACUAUGGUUGUGACGUAGUCUGUCUUUGACUUGGCGGAGGUGACGUGGUGUCUGUGACGUGGCGUAUGUGACGUAGUGUAAGGGGUUUUUUCUUUUUUACUACAAAAUGAAAAGUUUAGAUUUUCACACUUGUAAUUAUCGGACUACUGGGUAUAUGUAAUUAGUGGAAACAUAUAGUGGAAACAAAUAUAGUCUUUAAAGACUUGCGCUUUGCAUCAUGCAUUUAGUAAGACUGUGUCAAGGGUCAAAUGCUUGUCUAAGCUGAAAUUUUAGUCUGUAAAACAACGUUUCAGAGAACAAUGGCUGAAAAUGUCAGUUAUGUGAGUGCGACUGAAGAUUUAACAUAUACUUCUUGCGACAAGUCAUAAGUUCAUUCAUUUAGUCAUUUUUAAAACUCAAACGUACUCUGUAGCAACCUAAAUAUUACUGUACACUGGGUUAUAUUACUCACGGAUUGUGUAC